AAACAAUCAAAUAAUUAAUUAAAAGUUAUUGAUAGGUUAAAAAUGAUUUAAAACCAAGAAUAAAGUUUACCUAUUUAUUUAGAUAAUAUGAAUGUCAAUUAAGAGUUUUUACAGUCAAACAGAAAAACUACUUUAAAUUAACAAUCAAUGAGAUAGAGAAAUGCUACUGUCAAUAUAUCAAACAGUUUUCAUUAGGAUCUGAUAACUAAUGAAUCAGAGGGUGAUCUUCUGCUUAACUACAGUGAUAUUCAGCAAAAUAUUUUAAAAGAUUUUAAAAGUAGGAGUAGAAACUACUCUGAGUUGAGAUAAAGUGUCUUAAAUUCAAAUGAAAAUAAUCCUAAUGCAUAAAGCAAGUUUUUAACAAGGGCUUUCUAUUCUAAAUAAAGAGUUUUAAAGUAUUAGAAUAGGAGCAAUGAAACUACACAUCUAUCAUAUACUCCUUAAAAAUAAUAAAAUAUAAAUGUUAGCACUGAUGCAGCAGUAAAUUUUUAGAGAUAAAUAAUCAGAAGAACCGCAACUGCUUCUCACCCUUCUGAUAUACGAUUCAUCAAUUAUAGAGAUGAUGUAAGCAGCUCUAGAGGAAGAUUUUAAACCAACUAUUCACUAAAUAAAAUAAAAAGUUCUAUGAAACAAACCAAAGAAACCUAGAGACAAAGAAUGUAUACACUUUAAGAUACUUUUGUUUUAGAAGGUAGAAAUGCAGGAAUAGAAAGAUCUUUAGAUUAAUCAACCAUUUUAAAUUAGUUACCAUUUAAUAAUAGUAAAUAUGAAAAAGAUUAAGGAAAGAAAAAGAAAGUAAUAUAUAGUAAAAAAUCUACUUCACCCUUAAACAACUGUAAUGAUAACAUUAAUGCUAUAGAAAAAUCAAAAUUGUAUGAAAAAUAAGAUUUUUUGUUAAAAGAAUUAGUUAAUAGCAGCCAAGAUUACCAUUAAUUAUCAGCUGUCAUAUAAAAUGAAAGUCAAAAUAUAAAAAAAUCUUAAAUUGUAUCUCCUAGAAUAUUAGAAAUCGAAACUCCAUCUUUUAAAUAGCAGUAACUCUCACCGAUCAUGUUUGAAAAUCAUCAUUAAAAAUUCAGACCACGCAAGUUAGCUGCUAGCCCAUAUAGUAGAUAAAAUACCAAAUAGAGGAAUGAUUCUUAAAAUAAUUUGCAAAGUAAUUACCAAUAAAAUUAUUUAUCAUUAUUUCCUCUUAAAGAUUCUAAAUUUCCAGAUUCUUAAACAAAAGAUUGUAAAAACCAAUUAAAUAAUAGCCAUCAAAAUACUGAUUAGAAUGUAAACUAACAGUAAUAAAACUUGUAAUAUUUUCCCUACAAAAAAAUAAAUCCAAAAUUUGAGUUCCUUCAUAUGAGCUAACUUAACAAUGAAACUGCUGUAACAUAAGCUCCUUAUUUCUAAAGAACAGAAAUCCUAAAUUAAUUUUACCCAAAGGUAUUUCCUAGUAAAAAAUUAAAACCAAUAAAAAUAUACGAAAUAUAUUGA